AAGUCGAACGUCUCAAGCCUCAACAUCAUCCGACGGCCCAUAGUUCCCCAACUCCGAUCCUACAUCUAUAAAUAAAUAAAAAACCUUCCUGAAAAAUCCAUAAACCCUCGUUUUAGGGUUCUGAAACACGCAGAAAUAAGCUCAACGAAUCAAAGGUUUUAACAUACAACCAUGGCUUUCUUCAACAAAAUGGGCAACAUGGUAAGGCAGACUGUAACUAAGCAGGUCAAUCAUGAACUAUCGUCAGCCAAUCCAUCAAUUUUUCAAGUGAUACGAUGCAUGUCAUCAUCAUCAUCAUCAUCAAAACUAUUUGUGGGAGGCCUGUCUUAUGCGACAGAUGAAAUGAGCUUGAGAGAAGCUUUUAGUGCAUAUGGAAAUGUCCAGGAAGCUAGAGUUAUUGUGGAUCGUGAAACUGGUCGAUCUAGGGGUUUUGGCUUUAUUACUUUCACCGAUUUUGAGGCUGCUUCUGCUGCAAUUCAAGCAUUGGAUCAACGGGAGUUGCAUGGGCGAGUGGUUAGAGUGAAUUAUGCAAAUGAUAGGCCACAAGUGGGUGGUGGUGGUUACCGAGGUGGAGGCUUUGGUGGUAGUUAUGGUGGAGGUGGGGCCUAUGGUGGUGAUGGUCAGAACACUGGUGUUGGUGGCUUUAACAGUGGUGGUUAUGGUGGAAAUAGUUAUGGUAGUGGUAGUUAUGGCGGUAAUGCUGGUGGCUAUUAUGAUGGAGACAGCAAUGUCAGCAGUGGUGAUGGUGGCAGGUGAGAUGCAUCUGUGGCUUCAACUGUGUUUUCUACCGGGCUGAUAUUAAUUACUUGUUGGUCAUAUGGUCUAAAAUAAAUAGGUAAUUCUUUUUUUCUUUAAAUCUUAGGUCAAGAGGUUAGGUUAUAACAGUUUUGAUUGUUUCUGAUAAAUAUUCUUUUAGAUUUGAGCUCAUGUUAUUUAUGGUCAAUACAACAUUCUUCGAAUCUUGGGCAUUUGCAACUACUUAUUUAUUGUAGUUAGUUUCUGGAGAUAAUACGAAUGGG